AUGCGUCUUCCCCUCUUCCUCCCCCUACUCCUCAGCAACACCGUCCUCGCCGCCCUCCCCUACAAAGGCAUCGACUGGUCCUCACUCCUACACGAAGAAGCCGCAGGCAAAAUAUACCUGAACAGCGCGGGCAUCAAGCAGCCGCUCGAAACUAUCCUCAAGGCCUCGGGCGUCAACACCGUCCGCCAACGCAUCUGGGUCAACCCCCCCAACGGAGACUACGGUCUCGACUACAAUCUCCGCCUCGCCGAGCGUGCACAUAAAGCAGGCUUGGGCAUCUACCUCGACUUUCAUUACAGCGACAACUGGGCCGAUCCGCUCAAGCAGAUUGUACCUGCUAAGUGGGCAGGGCUGAAUCGCGAGGCGCUGGUGAAGCAGGUGUACGACUACACCAAGAACGUGCUGGAGGCAUUUCAUAACAACGGUCUGCCGCUGCAGAUCGUAAGUAUCGGGAAUGAAAUCACGCCGGGCCUGCUGUGGCCCAUUGGCCAUCUCAAGGGGGCCAAUUACCCUGAGGAAGCGAAAAAUGUGGCCAUGUUGUUGAAAUCCGCGUCGAAGGCUGUCAAGGAGUCGAAGUUGAGCCCGCAGCCGAAAAUCUUGAUUCAUUUGGAUAAUGGCUGGAACUGGGAUACGCAGCAGUGGUGGUACGAUCUCGUGCUGGGUUCGGGCGGGGGCUUCAGUGCAGCCGAUUAUGACAUCCAGGGCGUUUCCUACUAUCCGUUUUAUAACAGCAAGGCCACGCUGGCGUCGCUGUCGAAUUCGUUGAAUAAGAUGGCGGCCAAGUAUGGCAAGCAGGUUCAGGUCGUCGAGACGAAUUGGCCUUCGUCUUGCCCGAACCCCAGCACGCCAUUCCCGGCCGACACCUCGAGUAUUCCUCUCUCGGCGUGGGGCCAGGUGCUGUGGAUGAAGGAGGUCGCGAAGCGUGUUGCUGCUGUCCCGGGAGGAAAGGGUACGGGCUUGUUCUACUGGGAGCCAACGUGGAUCGAAAACCCGGGACUGGGAAGCAGUUGCAAUUGGAACCUAAUGGUUGAGCAGAGUGGCAAGGUCAUGGAGGGCAUGGCUGUGUUCAAGGAAAUCUAG